ACCUCAUAUAUAUCGCUGCAAAUUCUUGAGCACAACGACUCUUCCUCUUUCAAUUGAAACUUUGAAACUCGUAACCUCAUUAAUUAGCCGCAAAUUAGUUGAAUUCUUCACGGUUCCCUUUGCCCAGCAAACUAAAUAGAUGGGUUUAAGAAAGCUUUUCAAAAACUCAUUACCUUUAAGCAACAAAAUAUGGAAGAUGAGUCUGUGUCUGUUACUUCACCUCUGGCCAACGAAAAGGGGAACAAACGACGUAUAUUGGAUAGUAACGGUAACUACGUCUCUUUAGUCUAUGUGGAUUCUUCCAGUAAAGCAGACACUGCUCAUACACCAAAAGGAAAGAAUGCUGAUUGUGGUGAAUGGAAUCCUAUGCUCUUCAAAACAGAAGAUGAAGAUAAACAUAAAAUUGAGUGUAACUCGCAAAAAACAUCUUUUGAUGAUUUGGGACAGCAGGCAAACAACUCGAAUGAUUGUGCAAUAUGGGUGAUAACAUGGAUGGAGAAAAUGAAGGCGGAUGUGUAUAAGAUUGAUGUUGAUGAUGGUACACGAUUAAGAGUUCUUAAAUUUGACAAUGAAUUCCUACAACAAGCUGAAUGAUGAGAUUUUGGCGAGGUCGAUGCAACAAAUUGACAAGCGGGGAAAAGCUUAAGAGGCUUAUAUUUGGUAGUAUUUUGCUGGAUGAUGUGAUGAAUUUUGAAGAGUUGUAAUAUUGAGUAAAAUUGACUUAGUAUUUUGCUGGUUAUUAACUAUGUAGCAACUACGUUUGUUAUCUAAUUUUGGAUUAUAUUUGGUAGUUGACUAUGGUUUUUAAUUUGAACAUCGAUAUGAUGUAAUUGGAAUAUUUUUGGUACAUUUAUCACUUUAGUAUCAGUCUGUGUGAUGACCA